AUGAUGAAAAAAUAUAGAGAAUCCAGUUUCUCUUGAAAAUCAUCAAAAUACUAUACAAAAAAUAAGCUCUACUUACUUACAAACCUAAAUAAUAAUAAUAUAUUUUUUUUCUGUUUUUGGUUCGAAUUAUUGAUUUUCAUCAAUCGAAAUUCAUCAUCAUUCCAAUAAUCAUACACACUUUGAUUCUAGUCAAUUUCUUUUGGGUAACGAAAAGAGAUUUUUCUUUUCUAUUGAUUUCAUCAGUUUUUUUUUGUUUCCACUAUCAUUAUCCAUCUAUUAUAUCGAAAUUGAAUAAGAAACUGAACAAAAAAUUUCAACACAAUAAAACAAAAUCAACGAUAAUAAUAAUAAUAAUUGAAAAAUGUUAUUGGAUACACGACAAUAUUCGUUAUGUUUAACGAUAUUUGUGGUGAUCAUAUUGUCCAUUAUUACCGGAUUGGAUUCUGCACCACGUCCACCGAUACAUCAUUCACAAAUACCUGGUGCAAGUGAAAAUGAAAUCGAAGAAAAUGUUAAUGAAAUUCAUGAUGAUGAUAAAGUGGAUAAAGAAAUUGAUGAUUUGGGACUAGAAUAUGGUCGUUAUCUUCAAGAGGUUGUCAAAGCUUUGGAUGAUGAUCCAGUUUUUUCAAAAAAAUUAGGCAAUGUUACACAUGAACAGAUUAUGAAUGGCCAUGUUGCACGUAUCAUUGAUCAAGUUGCACCGGAUGUUCGUAAUCGUCUUGAUGAAUUAAAACGUAUAGAAUUGGAUCGAUUAAGAAAAUUGGCAAUGAAAGAACAUCGUCUUGAGGAAGAGAUGGCCGCUGCACAAAAAUCUCACGGUGAUGGUGCGUAUAAUGAUGAUAUUGAUGUGGAAAGCGGCCGACGUUGGCGUACCACUACUAACAAACGAAAAACUCAAAUACCAAACAAAUUACUUGAUGACGGAAAUGCCGCCCAUCUGGAUCAUUCGAAUCCUCAUACAUUCGAAGCUGAAGAUCUUCAGAAAUUAAUUUUACAAGCUACCAAAGAUCUGGAUGAAUUGGAUAAAAAACGGCGACGAGAUUUUAAACAAUAUGAAAUGGAAAAAGAACUUCAUUAUCGUGAAUCAUUACAGAAUUUAACAUCCGAACAGAAAGUCGAAGCGGAAAAAAAACAUGAAGAAAUUAAAAAGAAACAUUUUGAACAUCCAAAAGUUCAUCAUCCGGGUAGUAAACAACAAUUGGAAGAAGUAUGGAAAGAACAGGAUCAUAUGCCUGAACAGGAAUUUGAUCCAAAAAUUUUCUUCCAAAUGCAUGAUAUCAAUGGUGAUGGAUUUUUAGACCAAGAAGAAGUGGAAUCAAUAUUGACAAUUGAAGUUAAAAAAUUAUAUAAUGAAAAUGAUUCAACUUAUGAUCGUAAUGAAAUGAUGGAAGAAUAUCAUCGUAUGCGUGAACAUAUUUAUAGAGAAUUUGAUACUAAUCGUGAUGGUCUGAUUUCAAAGAAAGAAUUUCUUGAUUAUAGUAAGCAAGCAGAAUUUAAUCGUGAUGAAGGCUGGAAAGGUAUUGAAGAAGCACCCGUUUAUACUGAAGAAGAAUUGAAACGUUAUGAACAAGAACGACGACAAUUACAAGAACAUUAUGCUAAAUAUGGUGCUUAUGGUUAUCAUCCACAACCUGGAAUGGAAUAUCAAUAUCAUCCUCAACAACAACAAUAUCAACAAGGUCAACCAAUAUAUUAUCAGGUUCAAAAUCCAAAUCAACCACAACAGCAUGGACAACCUCAACAACAGCAACAACAUCAAGUUUAUGUUGUAAAUGCACCACCAGAACAUGUCCAACAACCGGUACAAUAUCAACAUGUACAAUUACCACCACAAACCUAUCAACAUCAACAAAUGCCACCACAGCAGCAGCAACAACAACAACAACAGCAUCCAAAUCAAAAUAAUUUACCCUCACCAAUUGGUCAACAAUAUCAUCCAAAUGUUCCAAAUCAACCAAUGAUACCACAACAACAACAACAACAACAGCCUAAUUUAGGGUCAACCAAUGAUCAAUCAUCCUGCUCAGCAGCAACAGAUGCCAAAUGUACAACAACAAUAUAAUCCAUCUCAACAGCAACAAAUGCAUCCAAAUCAAUAUGGAGGUCAACCACAGAAUCCACAAUUCAAUACACAUUCCGUUCAUCAACAACAACAACAACAACAACAACAACAUCAUCAGCAACAACAACAACAACAUCCGCCAUUGCAUCCAAAAUAAUUCGAAUAUAAUUGAAUUAUUGCUACGAAUUUUAUUUCAUUUUUUUUUUUGUUCUGAUUUUCAUUCAAUAAUAAUAAUAAUAAUAACAAAAAUAAAACGGAAUUCUAUAAAUAAAAGUUUUUUUUUCAUCAUGUGUGAUUUCUAUCAAGGCUGUUUUCAACAUAAUCAAGAUUUUUUUUCCACUUGUUCUGUGUGCUUGGAGACUAUAUGAUUAUGAUUUUUUUUUUAUCUGAGAAGACGAAAACAAAAACAAAACAAAACAAAACACAUUCCCUAUAUAUAACAUAUAACAUUAAGAUAAACAUUUUGAUCAACAAUUAAAAUGUGAGAUUCAAUUUUGUUUGCAUGUUUUUUGUGUGUGUGUGUAUGUGUAAGUGAAUAUAGAUAGAUUAGUUAGUUAGAUAGCUUAGAGAAAGAAAGAGAUCAAGUUGUUAUCAAGAUAAUAUUGCUCGACCAUUACAAAUAGAAAAUUAUUCAUUUGAUUAUUGAACAAUGAUUGAGUAAUAUAAAACAAAUCAAAUCAAAUCAACACUGAUCACACUACCCCAAUGUUUU